AUGAGCAAGUUUGGCCCACCAAUAGAUAGAUCAAUGAAAGUCUUAGAUCGUUCUUUCUUUCAAAAGGACGUGAAAUUACUAGUUGCAUCCUUCCCUGAUCCUAAGUACCUUGGCCAAUUUGUUAAAGCCUGUAAGCCAGAUAUUUUGUAUUUACCAUCAAUUAAGCACAUCGUACCAGUUAAUGGAAAUUCGAAGGGAGUAUUAUUGAGAGAAGAUAUAGAAGAUAUAAACGAUUAUGAGCUGAAGUUGUCGUCGACAACUCUUGAAAAAAUAAAAGAAUACAAUAUCAAUAUCCAGCCAUAUGUCUUACAUUUAGAUUACAAGUUCUGGAAAACCGAUGAUAUUUUGAGAGCUGUUUUGCCAGAAGAUUUAAUUACUGAAAUUCCAACUGGGUUUGCACAAGCAGGACAUGUUGCUCACUUGAAUUUGAGAAAUGAAUUUAAACCCUACGGAAGUUUAAUCGGGCAAGUGAUAUUAGAUAAAAAUUCCAAAGUUGAAACAGUCGUCGAUAAGGUAGAUACCAUUGAUACUAAAUUUAGAACCUUUAAGAUGAAUGUUUUGGCUGGAAAGGAUGAUUUACAAGUUGAACAAAGUGAAAGUGGUUGUCGUUUUAGAUUUGAUUUUAGUAAAGUAUACUGGAACUCGAGAUUGAAUACGGAACACGAAAGACUAAUUGAUCAGUUCGAACCCAAAGAUGUAGUCGGUGAUGUCUUUGCAGGCGUCGGUCCUUUUGCGGUGCCGGCUGGUAAGAAGGACGUACUCGUCUUGGCUAAUGACUUGAAUCCAGAAUCGUUCAAAUACUUAAAGGAAAAUAUAACCUUGAAUCAUACAGAUUCUUUCGUCAAAGCGUUUAAUCUUGAUGGUCGUGAAUUUAUUAGAAACUCGCCAAAAUUAUUAUUGGAUUGGGCUAAUCAACUGAAGACAGUAGAAAAAAAGAAGUUGAUCAAAAGAAGGAAAAUAAAUGCUGAUUCGAAUGAAAAAACUUCUACCAAAGACUAUGAAGUGACAAAAGUCGACAUCCCGAAAUAUUUCAGUAAUUAUGUUAUGAAUUUACCUGACUCUGCAUUAACAUUCUUGGAUGAAUUUGUUGGGUUGUACAGCGAUUCUGAAGUUGAAAGCGUAGUUCGUAAAAUACCUGAUUUCAAAUUGCCUAUUAUAAAUGUCCACUGUUUUGAAAAGUACUCUCCUCAUGAGGAACCUGAGCCAUCGUUAGAGGAGCUUUAUAAAAGGAUUCAUAAAAAGAUUGUCAAGCUAAUUGAGCAUGACAUACCUUUGGAAAAAUGUCUGUUUCAUUUAGUAAGAAGAGUAGCACCUACAAAACCAAUGUUCUGUGUUAGCUUUGAAUUACCUGAAGAAGUUGCAUUUAGAAAAAAAUAA